AUGAAGAUCAGCCUUCUUGCACUUGCCGCUAUGGCCUUCAGCGCCGAUGCUUUCUCUACCGUCAACACACAACAGACUGGAUCCAAAAUUGCCGACCAGCUGAAGGACCGCGCUUACAUUACACGUGACAUCAAGAUGCCCGACCCAGUUCCUGAAGAAGGCCAAAAGGAGGCCCUCGAAUUGAUGAAGUCUGGAAAGCUGUAUCGUUACAACAUCGCCAAGGGUGAAGACAGCGUUGUCAGCAUGUGCGAGAAGGAGAUUGCCGACUACACUGGCUUCAAGUACUGUGUAGCCCUCAACUCGUGCGGAUCAGCACUUAUGCUUUUGUUGAAGACCACAGGUCUUGAACCAGGAGGCAAGGUUUUGUCUAAUGCCUUCACGUUCGGAGCUGUCCCAUCUGCCAUUGAGCACGCCAGAGGAAAGGCCGUGUACGUUGAGUCCAACGCCGACCAUGUCAUGAACACUGUCGACCUUGAACUUAAGCUCAAGGAGAACCCAGACUGCAAGCACGUUCUUGUGUCGCACAUGCGUGGAAAGCUAGCUGAUAUGGACAAGGUUGCCGAGCUUUGUGAGAAGUACGACGCCAUCCUUCUUGAGGACUGCGCUCACUCUCUUGGUGUAUACUGGAAGGGAGAACACUCUGGACACAAGGGUAUCGCCUGUGCCAUCUCCAGUCAAUCUUACAAGAUGAUCAACUCUGGAGAGGGAGGUUUCUUGUUGACAGAUGAUGAGGAAAUUGCUGCCCAAACCGCCGUUAUCGCCGGUGCGUACGAAUCCUUGAACUCCAAGCACAAGACUGUUCCAGGACCAGAAUAUUUCGAAGGAAAGUCCGUCGCACUUCCCAACUACUCCAUCCGCAUGAGCAACUUGGCCGCCGCCGUCGUCCGUCCUCAGAUCAAGACAUUGGAGCCAAGAAUCGAGAAGUACAACAAGCGAUACAACGACUUGGUGGCCAAGUUGGAGGCCGCCGUCGGUGAUCACAUGUACAUUCCUCAAUUGACGCCUGGAGUAACUCGCAUGGUCCACGACUCUAUCCAGUUCAACUUGGACCCCAAGUUCACACCAACAAUGAUUGAAGAAUUCUUGAAGGAGUGCGGUGACCACGGACUUCCCGUCGAGCUUUUCGGACACAAGACCAACGCCAGAAACUUCAUCAACUGGGGAUUUGCUCCCGCUGAUGAACCACUUCCAGAGACCGCUGAUAUGUUGAAGACUGCGUGUGAUUGCCGUAUGCCUUUGCAAUGGGACGAUGAAGACUUUGAAGAUUUGGGUAAUGUCAUCAUUGAGAGCGUUGAAGCCGUUCUUGCGAAGCACGACAUGCUGUAA